CUGUUGCUUCUGGAAAUGCAUCACAUUGGUCUGCGCAAAACAGCUUUACAAAAGAAUCUGGAAGGAUACGUGGGCUUUGCAAGCCUCCCCAACCAAGUGUACAGGAAGUCUGUGAAGAGGGGCUUUGAGUUCACGCUGAUGGUCGUGGGUGAAUCAGGGCUGGGUAAGUCCACGUUGAUCAACUCUCUGUUCCUCACAGACCUGUACUCUGCAGAAUAUCCUGGACCUUCACAUCGAAUCAAAAAGACUGUGCAGGUGGAGCAGGCCAAGGUUUUAGUAAAGGAAGGCGGCGUCCAGCUGCUGCUCACGAUAGUCGACACCCCGGGGUUUGGAGACGCUGUCGACAACAGCAACUGCUGGCAGCCAAUCAUCGACCACAUAGACAGCAAGUUUGAAGAUUACCUGAACUCAGAAUCACGGGUGAACCGACGACAGAUGCCCGACAGCCGAAUCCACUGCUGCCUGUACUUCAUCGCCCCCUCAGGACACGGACUGAAACCUCUGGACAUUGAGUUCAUGAAGCGGUUGCAUGAGAAAGUCAAUGUCAUCCCACUGAUCGCCAAAGCAGACACGCUCACCCCAGAGGAAUGUCAACAGUUCAAGAAGCAGAUCAUGCGGGAAAUCCAAGAACACAAAAUCAAGAUCUACGAGUUUCCCGAGACGGACGACGAAGAGGAGAACAGGCUGGUGAAGAAGAUCAAGGACAAGUUGCCACUGGCUGUCGUAGGAAGCAACACCAUCAUCGAGGCCAACGGAAAGAGAGUCCGAGGGAGACAGUAUCCGUGGGGAGUAGCAGAAGUUGAAAACAGUGACCACUGUGACUUCACCAUCCUCAGGGACAUGCUCAUCAGAACUCACAUGCAGGACCUGAAGGACGUGACGAACAACGUCCACUAUGAAAACUACCGCAGCAGGAAACUGGCCGCCGUCACCUACAACGGAGUGGACAACAACAGGGUCAAAGGUCAACUGUGCACCAAACAUGACACAGUUGAAGGAAUGAGUCCUCUGGCUCAGAUGGAGGAGGAGAGGCGAGAACACGUGGCAAAGAUGAAGAAGAUGGAGAUGGAGAUGGAGCAGGUGUUUGAGAUGAAAGUCAAGGAAAAGGUGCAGAAGCUCAGAGACUCUGAAGCAGAGCUGCAGCGUCGUCACGAGCAGAUGAAGAAGAACCUGGAGGCUCAGCACAAAGAGCUGGAGGAGAAGAGACGUGUGUUUGAGGACGAGAGAGCAAACUGGGAGGUCCAGCAGCGCCAGGAGCAGCAGAGAAUGGAGGCCUCCAGGACUCUGGAGAAGAACAAAAAGAAAGGCAAGAUCUUUUAGAGAGAGUCGGCAGGACCAACACGAGCCAGAUACUUUUCAUUUGCCAACGUUUGCCGGUCAGGACACACACACACGCACACACACACACGCACGCACACACACACGCACGCACACACACACAGGUGUGUGUGUGACAUUCUCUUCCUCCUCUGAACUCUGUCAGCACAGCUGUGCUCCUGCUCCCAACCACUAGAUGGAGUAGUUGGGAGUAAUUACUCGGUAUGUGAGGAAGGGGCGGGGCCUGCAUACUAACAGCCACCACGGAGGCCCCGCCCCCUUGCUGCCUCUGGACUCAUCAUCAUGAAAGAAUGUUGUUUACCUUAAUAACUGAGUCAAAUAAUCCCAUUUUAGCAAAUAUGCCAAACUCAUAUUAUUGUUUUAAUUAUUAUUAUAUUAUUAUUGAUGUUAUUAUUAUUAUUAUUGUUGUUGUUUUUAACUGAAUACUGUCCCCGCCCCCCCCACUCCUCGCUGCUUUUAAAUGACUGACAUGUAAAGUUUUAUUGACAAAAUCAGUGAAACAAACAAAUGAUUCACAUCUGACUGUCGCACAAUCAAAGGACAUUUGUUUACAGGGUGAAAAAGAAAAGAAUAAAGGAUGUGAAGUCAUUGUGUGUUAGAGUAAGAACCUGGUAAACCUGGUUAACUGUUUACCCCAAACUAUACAAAUGGUGUCAACAACAGAAAAACGGGACAAUGAAUAAAUAAAACAAUAAAAAUCAAACGCACCUCUGACCUUUUUUAAUUGUUUUUUU